AUGGCUCCUUUAAAGAAGCGAGGAAGGAAACAGGACGAUAGCGAAGACAAGGACGAUAAGAAAAAUGAGUCAGAACUUCAAUUGCGUAAUCCGUCGCAUAUUAAAAACAAAAUGAAGCGUCAACUUGUCAUGCAAAAGUUUCGCAAGGAAAAAAAGGAGGCGAGGAAAGCGGCACAACUAAAGCGCCGACGUGAGGCAGAAGAAUUAGGUGAAGCAGCACCACCAAAGUUAGAACCACGAACUAUCGAUAAUACUCGUGAAAAAGAGGUGACAAUGGUGAGUAAUGAAGGUGAUGAAGAGAUCGAAGGUGACGAACGCGACGACGAAUUUGCGAGCAUUUUUGGCAAUGAAGAAACACCAAAGCUCAUGAUUACCACACGACCGUUUCCAUCGGGUGAUAUCUAUCGUUUUAUUAAAGAUCUGAUGGAUUUAUUCCCAAAUUCAUUUUACUACAAGCGUGGAACGUUUGAUAUUAAAGAAAUUGUGCAAUUUGCCAGCAACAAAAAAUUCACACAUCUCAUUGUGCUUUCGGAGAAGAGUAAGAUUUGUAAUGGAAUGCUUGUGAGCCGUCUACCUGAAGGUCCAACAGCGUUUUUUAAAGUGUCGAAUGUGAAGCUGACGUCGACAAUUAAGGAGCGUGGUCGUCGUACAAACCAUCAGCCAGAACUUAUUCUGAACAAUUUUUCAACACGUCUAGGUCACCGUGUAGGCCGCUUUCUAGGCUCAUUAUUUGAGCACCAACCUGAAUUUGAAGGCCACCAGGUUGUGACAUUUCACAACCAGCGCGACUUUAUCUUUGUACGACACCAUCGCUACACUUUUGAGAAUGAAAAAAAAGCACGUUUACAGGAGAUCGGUCCACGAUUUACGAUGAAGUUGCGAUGGCUGCAACAAGGCACUUUCGACACUAAAUUUGGCGAGUAUGAAUGGAAACAUAAGCAGCACCAACUCGAUACGUCACGUAGGAAAUUCCAUCUUUAA